AUGGCGGCUUCCUUCAAUAUUAUAAGAUACAAUUACUCAGCGUGUGCUGCGUGCAAGCUCUUGAAGAGAAAAUGCCUACCAGAUUGCAUCUUUGCCCCUCACUUUCCACCUGAAGAGCUCCAAAAAUUUAUAAGUGUGCACAAAAUCUUUGGCACGAGCAACGUAGCUAAGCUCUUGAACAAGGUACUCCCUCAUCAAAGAGAAGAGACAGUGAGUUCUCUGUCCUAUGAAGCAGAGGCACGACUGAGAGAUCCUGUUUACGGUUGCGUUGGUACUAUUUCUAUUCUGCAAUUACAAGUUGAGCGGCUUCAAAAGGAACUCGACCAGGCUAAUGCAGAAUUGGGCAGUUAUGCUAGUGGUCAUCAUCCCGAUAUAUGUGGCAGUAGUACUACUGCCACCGGUGGAACUGGAGGGGGGCUAUGGGAUGCUAGAGCCCCUUCUAACCUCGAAAAAAUAGUAUAUAAUUUUUUUCAAUACCCGCAGAAUUAG